AUGAAGCGCAGCCGGAUCCUGCUCACUGUGGUGGUGAUCUUCCGGAUCCUAAUCGUAGCUAUAGUGGGAGAGACAGUGUAUGACGACGAGCAGACCAUGUUUGUCUGUAACGCCUUACAGCCGGGCUGCAUACAGGCGUGCUACGACAAAGCUUUCCCCAUAUCUCACAUCAGAUAUUGGGUGUUCCAGAUCAUAAUGGUCUGCACGCCGAGUCUCUGCUUCAUCACGUACUCGGUCCAUCAGUCGGCCAAGCAAAAGGAGCGACGUUACUCCACCGCCACCGUCCUCCUCUCUCUGGAUAAUAAGGAGCAGGAUUCCCUGAAACGAGAGGAGGCCAAGAACCAAAAGAUCAAGAACACCAUCAUGAACGGAGUACUGCAGAACACGGAGAACACCACCAAAGAAGCCGAGCCCGACUGCCUAGAGACCAAAGAACUGACCAGCUCGGGCACAAAACCGGGCAAGUCCAAAAUGAGGCGGCAGGAGGGCAUUUCCAGGUUUUACAUCAUCCAGGUGGUGUUCAGAAAUGCUCUGGAAAUCGGCUUUCUGGUGGGCCAGUAUUUCUUGUACGGAUUCAACGUGCCCGCCGUGUACGAGUGUGAUCGAUACCCGUGCAUCAAAGAGGUGGAGUGUUACGUGUCCAGACCCACGGAGAAAACCGUGUUCCUCGUCUUCAUGUUCGCGGUCAGUGGCUUUUGCGUGGUCCUCAAUCUGGCCGAGCUCAAUCACUUGGGCUGGAGGAAGAUCAAAACGGCCGUGAGGGGCGUGCGGGCCCGCAGGAAGUCCAUCUACGAGAUCCGGAACAAGGAUUUGCCCAGGAUGAGUAUGCCCAAUUUCGGCCGCACUCAGUCCAGUGACUCCGCUUAUGUGUAACGGGUGCGUAACGAGAACCCGAAGCCCGCGCGACGCCGAGUUCAAGACCGCGGAUGAGUCCCGUCACCACGUAAGGUUCAUGAAUUGCAAGAACACGGGGUAGGACUUUUUUGUUACUGUUUUAAAGACUCCAUUGGCAACUGUGGACGACAAACACGUUUGUAAAGCAGUUCACUACUGUAUAAUGCAACUUUUUAUGCAACGUUUGUACUCUGAGACGUACACAAAGAGCAAAUGCUGAUACCUGAAUGCGUAAUGCCUCUCUGUAAGCUGCGGUGACACUUGACAUGACACUGUCCUGUUGCACACAAUGCAUGCAAUAUGAUUCAUUACAGUAAACUACAAGCAGCUCCACGACAACUGCUGUGACAUGUGAAGUGUGACCGAACCAGCUGCUCUACUGUACUUGAAGGGAGUAAAUGCGUCUUGCACUAAAAAGUGAACGUGAUGCUGACAUAAUAUCGCACAUCGGGAGUCUCGACACACCAUUCAUGUAUCAAACACUAUCACUUCUGCUAUGGUUUCUUUCUUUUUGGUUGCCUGUACCGCACCAUUGACCUUAACGUAAGCUAUGUGAUGAACUCCACUGCGAAUCGUGUGUGUGUGUGUGUGUGUGUGCGUGAGCAGGGGUGAAUUUGCUGCAAACGCUUAAAGUCUGUGAUGAUUUCCUUAAUUUCAACACCAAAGCGCCCUCUGCUUUCAUUUGUGACAUCGCGCUUAAGUGUAAUCAGGUGCCAUACUUGUAUAUAAAUAUAUGCAUAUAUACAUAUAAAAUCUAUUCUGAAGAAUAUAACCAUAUCCAUAAAGCAGAUUUAUUGCUUGAAUUAUGCUUAAUGCGUCCAGACUUGCUUUUAGCUCUAUUCGUUGUAAAUUAACUGAAAAUGACAGAACAAUGGUUCAGCAAUGUUUUGUGUUCUGGUGCUGGUUUUUCACCCAGCAGUUCCAGCAAUAUUUGUAAGCCGAAUAGUUUGUUUUAGGAUUCAUGUACUAUUAAAGCCCACGCCUGCUGUAUCUCUUCCUCUCUUGAUGACAAUGCAAGUGUGUUUAAACAGGCGUGUGCUUUCAUUAUAAACUGGUUUAAGGCCCUGUUCAGAAGCAAAUUGCGGUGCAUUAUUGUUUAAUGCCUGAUCAUUAAGAUGUCAUUUUGUUUCUCCUCUUUGAAUGGUUCUUUAUGGUUAUGCCACCAUAUAUUUAUGACAAGCAAAUGCGUGCACAGAGAGGAGACGUUCUCUGCAUUUCUGAGCUUGAAGGGAAAGUAUUGCAUGUUUAAGAACUUAUAUUCAAGAGAAUCUGGACAAUUUCAGGGGAUGAAAUCUAUGCGGCGUUUGCUCGAGUAUUGAUAUGUCACCCCACCCCCUGUAUAGAUUAAGAACUGACAUGUUUUGAAGGUCACAGAGGAUAAAGAACAGUUUGUGACAGACCGUCUCAGAUCAAACCUGACGGGACGACCCUGGGGAGGACGGACAUUUGGUGUCAUGAGAAGGGAUGGGAAAAAUCUUCCCUUUUCUCUCAGUAAUUCCUCUCUCCUUGGAUAAGCAUUCCAGGACUCCUGAGAUUUUUACACCUUUGUGGUCCUUACCGAGAAACGAAAGACCAGAGCCGAUGGACUGUACUGGACCUGACAGAGCAAAGCUUUAAUAAAACAUGAACUCGUAUCUCUCUUGCCUUAUAUGUACUGCAGUCUCCCCUCCCUCACCGUCUCUCAUUCUCUCCCGUGCAUUUUCUGCAAGAGCCGACCUGGUGUUUUUACAGCUCCUCCUAAAUGACAAAAUGAUUGGGUUAUGUAUGAAUGUAAUUCUGCAUGCGGUGAUGUGUCAUACAUCAUGUGAGAGGUUAGGCAUUCGCGUGUGCUGCAAACCCACAGACGGAGAGACUCUUGAGAUGCAUUGUGCACGCUGAGAUGUCUCCACUGCAGUUAAAACCAACAAAACAUGUCUUGUUUGCAGGCCUGAGAUGACCAAACACGUUAGCAUGGGUUGCCAUUACUGCAGGUACACAAAUCAAGAGAUCAGUUUUUUCUGUUUUUAGGAGGCGAUUCUCCUCGGAGCUCCAUCAUCUGAGAGCAAACGAGGGUAUGAGCGUGUAAUGUCGCAGUACCUCAUAUACAUUGUAAUUUUAUCCUGAUCAAUUUGCAUAUUGAUAAAAAGGGCCUUGCAUGAAGUGAACGCAGAAAACGGCGGACUGUUCCUUUCUGAGCCUCCAGUCCUUGUGGUUUUGAGGAUGGUACAUGUGUAAACUGAAUGAAAUGAAGAUGGAUGAUAUACUGUGAAUUAAAUCCACUUCUUUACAAAGAUGGUGAUAUAAGUGAUGGGCCUGAUCUUUUGUUUUCUUGCCGCACACACACACACACACACACACACACUCGUGCCACUCCUCUGAGAUUUCAUUGAACCGCAGUGUCCUGGAAGGGCUGCGCAGAAACUCUGCAAUGCACAACUGCUCUCACCUGCACAUCACUGAACAUGGGCAUUGGAAAUCUCUUCAGUGUGUACGUUUUGUGUGUGUGUGUGUGUGUGUGUGUAGUUGGGAUACGGAAAAGUAGCACAAAUGUCAAAGAAUGAUCUUCUGUUAAACGGAGUGAUGGGUCUGUAUAUUAUUAGUGUAUAUUAGUGUUAGUCAAAGUAUUGUGUAAUUCAUUUGAUGUUGAGAG